AUGGCCGACAUGCGCAUGACGGAGCGUCCGGGAUUCACAGGGAAACUUAAUGAAAAAAUCUUGGCGCGAGUUCGUUUCCUGGCGAAAGAGCUGCAGAUACCUGACCUUGAGGCUAAGUUUCCCCACUUGAAGGUAUCGGACGGCUCCUGGCGUCCACUGCUUCCCGGUGAUGAUGUGAACCUAGCCGCCUACAUUGAUCACACAGAGCUUAAGCCGGAGGCAACGCAGGCGGCCAUUGCACAACUCUGCGAAGAGGCAAAGCAACACAAAUUCUGUGCUGUGUGUGUGAACGGUUCUCGCGUGAAGCUUUCUGUGGAAAAGCUGCGUGGCACAGGCGUCAAAACUGGCGCUACAUGCGGCUUUCCGCUUGGUGCCUGCGCUACGGCAACGAAGGUUGUGGAGGCGAAGACGAUGGUGGAGGAAGGCGCAGAGGACAUGGACAUGGUGCUGAAUGUUGGCGCACUGAAGGACAAAAACUUUCGUUUUGUGCUGGAGGACAUUAGGGCCGUCCUCGCCGUUUGCCCUCCGCAUGUGACGACAAAGGUGAUUUUUGAAACUUGCCUUCUGACGGAGGAGGAGAUUAUCGAUUCCGCCAUUAUAAGCGUCGCUGCGGGCGCGACUUUUGUGAAGACGUCCACCGGGUUCAACAGGGGUGGUGGAGCCACGCCGGAGGCCAUUGACAUCAUGCUCGCCGUUGUUGGCACGGCCGCGAAGGUGAAGGCGAGUGGCGGCGUGCGGGAUUGGUCAACAGCGCUGCAAUACGUGAAGGUCGGCGUCGCCCGCCUUGGCACCAGCAGCGGCAUCGCCAUCGUCACGUGCAAGUGA